AUGAUAUCUAAUUGUUUACGCAAAAUAUCUCUAUGUUAAAAAUAAAGAUUAUUAUUCAAAAUUCAUCAAUAAGAUUUUUCAUCUUAGAGUUUAUAAAACCUCUCCAUAGGAGUUCCAAAAGAAGUAUAUCCUAACGAAAAGAGAGUUUCAAUAGUACCUGAAGCAGUCGAAAGAUUAUUAAAAGCCGGUUACAAGUAAAUAAAUAUAGAGAAAUCUGCUGGUCAAUAAGCUAGUGUUCCUGAUGAUGUGUAUGAGAAAAUUGGAGCAAAGUUAGUUUCUACAGAAGAAGUUUACAAAUCAGAUAUUGUUUUGAAAGUGAGACCUCCAUAAAUACAUCCAGAAUUAAAAAAACACGAAAUAGAUUUAAUGAAGCCUAACUCUAAGUUAGUAUCUUUCCUUCAUCCUACUUAAAAUAAAGACUUAAUUGAGAAAUUGAACUAGAAAAAAAUUACGUGUCUCGCCAUGGAUUAAGUUCCUAGAAUGACCAAAGCUUAAACUUUUGAUGCCUUAUCUUCUAUGGCCAAUAUAGCCGGAUAUAAAGCUGUUAUUGAAGCCGCCACUCAUUUCGGGCGAUUUUUUACAGGAUAAAUGACUGCUGCGGGAAAACUUCCACCUGCAAAAGUACUUGUUAUAGGAGGAGGAGUAGCUGGUUUAUCAGCAAUUGCUACUGCUAGAAGCUUAGGAGCUAUAGUAAGAGCUUUUGAUACUAGAGAGGCUGUUAAGGAAUAAGUAAAGUCGUUAGGUGCUGAAUUUUUGGAAAUAAAAUUAAAGGAAUCAGGAGAAGGGACAGGUGGUUAUGCUAAGGAAAUGUCUCCUGAAUUUAUUGCGGCUGAAAUGAAACUUUUCAUGGAUUAAGCAAAAGAAGUAGAUAUAAUAAUUACUACAGCAUUAAUUCCUGGAAAAAAAGCACCAACUUUAAUUACUAAAGAAAUGGUAGAAGCGAUGAGACCAGGAAGUGUAAUUGUUGAUUUAGCAGCUGAAAAUGGAGGUAAUUGUGAAUAUACUUAAAAAGAUUAAGUUAUUAAACAUAAUGGAGUUACAGUUGUUGGUUUAACUGAUUUACCUAGUAGAAUGAGUGGAUCAGCCUCAAGUUUAUAUAGUAAUAAUAUUUCUAAGUUUCUUUUACAUCUUAGUGAUAAAGAUAAAAAUUUUGAUAUUGAUUUAGAAGAUCCUAUUACUAGAGGGGCUAUUGUUACACAUGAAGGCAAAUUAUUAUGGCCUAAUCCUAAUCCUCCUAUGUUAGAUGCGGUGAAAAAACCUAUGGAAAAAUAACCUGUUUAGUAAUAAUAAUAACCAGUUAAUUUAUACUAGAAAACUCUCAAAAAUUCACUUUAUACUACUCUUUCGUUAUCUUCUUUAUUAGGAUUAGGAGUCUUGUGCCCUGAUCCGGCAUUUUUAACUAUGACUACUAUUUUCUCUUUGGCUGUUGUUGCUGGUUAUUAGUCUGUUUGGGGAGUUGUGCCUGCUUUACAUACACCUUUGAUGUCUAUUACUAAUGCUAUUUCGGGUGUAACUGCUGUUGGAGGUCUUCUUUUAUUAGGAGGAGGUUUUGUACCACAUUCAGUAGCUUAAGCUUUGGCGGCUAGUGCUGUUCUUUUAUCUGCCACUAAUAUUGUAGGUGGAUUUACUAUUACUAAGAGAAUGCUUGAUAUGUUUAAAAGAAAAACAGAUCCUGCAGAAUAUAAUUAUAUGUAUUCAAUCCCUACCCUUGGAAGUGUUGGAUGCUUAUUAGCUGCCCAUUUUGCGGCUAUUCCUUCCGUAUAUACUAUGGGAUAUUUAGCUUCAAGUCUAUGUUGUAUUGGAGGAAUCUCAGGUUUGGCAUCAUAAAAAACUUCCCGUGUAGGAAAUGCUUUGGGAAUUAUGGGUGUUUCUACAGGUGUCGUUACUGCUUUAUUGGCUAUGAAUUUCUCUUUCCCGGUUCUUGUUUAGGCUUUAUCUCUUUUAGGAGUUGCUGGUGUUGCUGGAAGAUAUAUUGGAUAAUAAGUAAAGGUAACUGAGUUGCCUUAAACAGUUGCCGCUUUUCAUGCUUUAGUUGGUUUGGCUGCUGUAACUACAUCUAUAGCAUCUUUUAUGAUGGAUUUAAAUCCUACUACUUUACAUACCGUAGCUGCUUACUUUGGUACUUUUAUUGGAGGAAUUACUUUUACGGGAUCUAUUGCAGCCUUUAUUAAACUUUCAGGAAUGAAGUUUACUUUUGAUCUUCCUAUGAAAAAUAAUUUGAAUAAGCCUUUAGCUUUGUUAAAUAUAAUUGGUUUAACUGCUAUGUUAGCCACAUAAUCACCUACUUUAGGUCUUUUGGCACUUUUAAAUGCUACUUUUACAUCUUUUGCUUUAGGUUGGAAUAUUACUAAUUCUAUUGGAUCAGCUGAUAUGCCUGUUGCUAUUACUGUUUUAAAUUCUUACUCAGGAUGGGCUUUAUGUGCAGAAGGUUUUAUGCUUGGAAAUCCUAUGUUGACUAUUGUGGGUUCUCUUAUUGGAAGUUCUGGUGCUAUUCUAUCUUAUAUAAUGUGCAAGGCAAUGAAUAGAUCGCUUUAUAAUGUCAUUUUUGGAACUUGGGUUGCACCUAAGACUGAUUAAUUAUAGAAAAGUUAAGAAAAGAAAGUUCAUUAAGAAACUAAUGCCGAUACAGUUAGUGAACUUCUUUCUUAAUCAAAAUCUGUUAUUAUUGUCCCUGGAUAUGGUAUGGCAGUUGCUUAAGCAUAAUAUCCUAUUUAUGAAAUCUGUAAAAUACUUAUCUCUAAUGGAGUUAAAGUUAGAUUUGCUAUUCACCCUGUUGCUGGAAGAAUGCCUGGUUAACUUAAUGUACUUUUAGCAGAAGUAGGAGUACCAUAUGAUAUUGUACAUGAAAUGGAAGAAAUUAACCAUGAUUUCGAAAAUACUGAUGUUGUUCUAGUUUGCGGAGCUAAUGAUAUUGUCAAUUCGAGUGCUGUAGAAGACCCAGAAUCACCUAUUGCUGGUAUGCCUGUUUUGGAAGUUUGGAAAGCUAAAACUGUAAUUAUUAAUAAAAGAUCUAUGGGUACUGGAUAUGCUGAUAUUGAUAAUCCACUUUUCUAUAAGUAAAAUGCUUAAAUGUUGUUGGGUGGAGCUAAAGAUGUUUGUGAUAAAGUUAAAGCCAAUUUAGAAAAUAUUUAUAAAUAAUGAAUUUAAUGUUUUUUUUAUUUUAUUAUUAUUUAGAAACAUAUAUUUAUUUCAAUUGAAUUUUUCAAUAUAU